UAUAGUUUUUCGCUCCUCAAACUCCGAUUUAAAAAACCCAGUAUUUGCAUCAUUUCAAACUGAAUUCUUCACUAUGAACCGUGUCUUUGUUGCUUUCGAUGGUGAAGACAAGGACACUGAACUUCAGUUCACCAGAAGACCCCAAUCUUCAGAUUGGGUUCUUCGGAAGAUUGUUGAUACUGCCAUCUGUGCUGGAGCUGAAGAAUAAGAACUCAUUCUUUGGUACCCAGAUGCCAUUCAAAUAAUCCGCCGUCCUUCUCUGCUUUAACGGAACUGCUAUUUGUCUCUUCGUUCAUGGACUUUCUAAAGUGAACCUGUUAAUUGACAAAUGGUUCCAUUGGGUACUUCGCAAGUUUUUAUUUACAAGUGACCCGUCAGGAUCGAAGACAGGUUGUACUGAUUUGUAAAAAGUUUAAGCGAGAGGUCAUUGCUCAACCGAUAUAGCGCGAUUGUAUAAUGAAUUAUGUGAAAAACUUGUAAAAAAUGGCAUUUCUAUGCCCUGUGAGGAUUAGACGCGGCAAAAAGAAAAAGUCCUCCAGUGUAGAUCUCGAAAAAGAGCUCAACCGGGCAAGCAAUGGAGUUACUCCAGGAAUGGGAAGGAUCACCGGAUCUGCCAGCAUAGAAACGCUGGUUAGAGUCGGAAUUGAAAAGGAGCAUGGCUUAUCUCCUGACUCUAAAAUGGUAGUUCUGCACGACUUUACUCCUUGUGUCGAUGAUGAACUGGAAGUCAAAAGGGGCCAGAUAGUGAAUAUAUUAUACAGGGAAAAUGACUGGGUGUAUGUUAUAUCUCCCGACACAAGACAAGAAGGUUUUAUUCCGUUUUCCUAUUGUACGCCCUACAGCAAUCACUUAGCUGAGAUGGCCAUCAAGAAGAAACUGCCUAGGGAGAACCAAUUGGCUUCAGGAGAGAGUUCUGAUACCAACCAUGACUGUGAUGCAGCAGGUCUAGAUAAUAGUGACUGUGAUUCCUUGGGGAAAACUAAGCAGGAAACUGGGGCCAUUAGUCCAAUUAGUAUCCAUUCUGAACCCGAUAUGAUUCCCUUUUCUAAAGAUCCUUCUGGAAGGUAUAUCGUGCUGUACACCUUCAUUGCUCGCGAUGAAAACGACGUGUCGGUAGAACGAGGAGAAUUUGUCACAGUUCUAAACCGAGAAGAUCCCGAUUGGUACUGGAUAGUGAGGAGUGAUGGCCAAGAGGGGUUUAUUCCAUCAGGGUUUGUCUAUCCUGCGGACAAUGUGAUACAAGGCCAUUUGAAUGGUCAGACGCAACAAGGAUUGGGCAAUUUCCCAAACCAAAACAACUCGCACGCAAUUACAUCGUCCAGUGCUGAUGAUUUGAGGUACCACGGUACUGAGCUGGUAAUGUUGUACGAUUACAAGGCGCAGGCACCAGAUGAUCUCACAGUGAGGCGAGGAGACUGGAUCUAUGCUGAUCUGAACAAUCAAACUGUUGAUGGGUGGUUGUGGGCGUAUGCGCCCAAGACUCGCAAAUAUGGGUUUAUUCCCAAGGCCUACGCAAGGCCUCCAGCUAUGACUAGUUUGUAAUGGAAACCUUGUACUAACAAGGCCGUUAUUCGCUCAUAGGGAGCAAUAGCUUUAAUUUUAACUGUUUAAGAUAAUUUGAUUAGUGAUGUGUAGGCGCUUGAUUAGCCACGUUUUGAACAAGCAAACGCUCAGAUACAAUUGCGAAAUGGAUGAUUAUUUUUUUAUCGAAUCCCAAACCAUGUGGGUAGGAUUGAAUACUAUUUUCUAAAACACAGAACAGAUCAAUAAAUCAUCCCAACUAAUUAACCCAAAACAACUUAUGGACCGUGGCAGUUAAGCGAUUAUACACUCUACUAGAUCAUUUUCGCCAUGUCACAAAUCGCAUUCGAAAGCCUAUUUUAAUUGCCAUGCUCAACGCUGCUCAUAUAUGCUUAGGUAGUAAAUUGCAAUAAUACUUUAGCAAGUACCUACGUGUUAAGCCUAAUAUUAGUUAAUACAUUACAAUUUUGAUAGGGAAUAACUAUUUGAUUGUAUGGAAACUAAUGAGCAUCCAGUUUAUUUAUUUUGAACAUACAAAAAUCAGAGAUUUAGUUCACUUGCUGUAUAUAAAAAUUAAACUUAAAUUUCCUAUCAA